UGCGCUUGAAGUCAUGAGAAAAGGUGCGGUCAGGAUGUUUGCCGUGUGCGCUUGCGGCAGGGCCGCAGACACCGACGAGGUCACAACCUUUCUAUCGCCACUGCCGAGUGACAGUUGCGUGAUUGUUUGUCCUGUGCAGGCCUGCGAGGAGUGGGAAAGCGCAUUUGCUGCUCUCAGUGCGCGUCUCGAAGAGCCAGGCGCUGGAGAAGGCAGGAUGUAUGCGGUCGCUCUGGCAGUAAGCCGAGAGACGCAAGCGACUAGUACUCGUUCCUUAAAUGUCGCUGUUCCUGUCUCUGUCAACAGACAUUGAUGGGCGGCCAUCGGUGCUCUCAAGGCCAGCAGGAUGACACUGUCUGUGAGGAAAGUCUGACACGGAUUGUGGCCAUCGGUCAAACAAACAAAGAGGUGGGCUCGUAGACCAAAACUUAUUCAAUGUCACUGUUCAUGGCUGACCAUGGCUGCGUGGACAGGCCAUGAGCCAGCUGGACGCCUUACCGAAUACCCUUCUGCGGCUACUGACAAGUAGAGGUCUCACCCCAAAUGUCUGCAUGGUGUGCAUCCACCAGGCUGCGCUCAAGUAAGACGAACAAACAAAGAUGGAUGCCACCAGAUCCUCUCUCUCCUUUUGUAUGCCUGGUGGAUCAGCUGCCUGUCGUCGGCAAUCAGAUGCUCAGACCCAACCUUGGUGCGUCACAUAGCAAUCUCACACACACUUGGCCUAUCACACUCUUAUCCUUGGAUACCGUGGCCAUGCAGAUGGGCGGCGCGUUUGAUGUGGUGAGACAGAUCGCGAGUGCGACAAAAGAAGAUGGCCAUGCAGGCUAUGCCCGGAGAGGGACUCGAGUCAAUCGGGCGCUCAACUUCUUCUUCGCCGCCUGCCAUCAAGUCAGUGCCAAUGGUGAAGGCGAUUAUCGCUGUCUUGCCAUUUUUUGAGACUCUGCUCAGGCCUUGCCACUUGUGUGUACCGAGCUCCAGAUUGAGACGGCCCGCAGACUCACGGAGCUGAUAUGUAGCGACGACGUCGAUGGUCCGCUGAAAGGGGCUUGCGCCCGUCUGUUGGCGAACGUGAUGAUCCUUUGUCGGGAAGCUCCCAACAGCUUCAUCGACAAAGAAGACGAUAUCCCGUACAACAAGGAGUUUCAUAUCCCCUUCCUCGACUUCAUGCUGGAGGUAAGAGUGAAUGUGUCUCAUCUGCUGAAGCGCACUCUGACAGGCUGGUCUUUGGCUUGCAGGGCACGAGUGACAGCGGAUUCUGUGAUGCCGCGGCUUCCUUCUUUUGUGUAUUUCGCAAACACGCUUGUCUCCAAAUAAGCGCGUACACACACCUACAAAGGUUGACUUCGCUCCUUUCAUAUCUUUUCCUUCUGUGUGUCAACUGGUCAAGGCGGGACGGUCGGCUCCGUCACUUCAUGCGCUGGCUGAGUCACAGGUACGACGACAGCCCGACAUGAGUGUCCCACACAUGCACACAUGUCCGCCUGUGCUGUGUGUGACCAUCAACCAGGCUCUGCCAGCUGUCCCGAUCCGACGACAACGAGAAGCUCACCCAUCUUGCAGCAAUCGUGUCCGAGAUUGUUAAGGCCCUCACGCAUGCGCGGCCCGCAACGAUCACGCCGCUUGAUGCGCUGAUGCUGACGGACUCAACUUAUCGAUCGCUGUGGAGCCUAUUUCGGUCUCUCGAGUAUGGCACUGCUGCGGACUGCGACAGCUCAGCUGCGGAACAGUCUUCGCCCUCAAAGCUCUUAUGGUCGUCGUUUGUCGAGAUUCUGGGGGUCCUGCCGGAGAAAGGGAGGUACACAGAAGCAUGUCGUGUCUUCAUGCAUUCGUUUUGAAUUCUUUCAUGUGGCGUGCAGGCCAGCCUAUGUUGACUAUAGCGGCGCAUUCUUGCGGAGAUUUGUCAAUUGCUGUCGGUCUGGCUCAUCACCGCCAAGAGGGGCCUUGUCCUUCAUCGGCACGGUCCUCUCGUCAGUAACGGGUGAUCCUGCCGACGACUUUGUCAAUGCCCUUAUCGCGUGGAUCCCCUUAGCGCAAAACGCGGAGCUUUCUGAGGUGACAAAAAGCAGGAAAACCACUGUCGGCCGCUGCGCAGAAAUGAUGUGCCGCCAUUUGUCAGGUUGUCUGGGUGAUUGUUCGACGAUUGGAGGCGUCACUCACGUCAAGCGAAUGCAAGCUCUUUGAGGCUCUCACCUCAGCACUCUCGACGACAAUCACCAGCACGGACGCCGAGCCCCUUCGCCUUCUGAUUGAUUUCGCCAUCGGAGGCCCUCCAGAAGUAGAAAACAAAAAAGACGGGAUCUCAGUUCCAGCGCCAGAUGCAGCGAAAGGCGAUAAUGAAUGGGCAUCCAGCGAGAUGCUGAAGCGCUUGAUGAAAUGCUUCACGCCUAGGAAACAAGCAAUAGGAGACCCCAACAUCGUCACGUCUGGUGUCAUGAACCUGAUCCUCACGUCUCACCGUCUACGGCCGGCUCAUCUCACGGAGCUGUUUGCCGACGGAGCGCUGUCCGAGCAGCUUGGGACUCAACUGGCGGAAGCAAUGAAGGCGAAGGACAGGAAGCAAAUGGAGACCUGCUGCCAAGUCGUCCAUUCCAUGCUUGACUGCCUGCAGAAGGAGGGCUGGCAGCCGGCCGUGGGCUCGCCAGCGUCUGAAGCAAUCUUGUGUCUUUCUUUGGAGUUUUCCGUCGGUGCGAUUGAGCAUCAGGGGGACAAGCGGACUAUCACGUCGUGCCUCAGGGCUUUGUGGAGAGCGGUGCAGCUGCCGGGCAGCGCUGAGGAGGACCUCAUGGAAAGUAUCAUGGAGAAGAACAUCGAGUCCUCACAACAGCCCAAGAGGGACACUGCCACUCGUGACGUCUUGAGAGCGUCACUGCAGCAGCUAUCCUCUCAUCCAAUGGCAGAGACACGUGCCCUCGCUCUCUGUGUCGAGGUGGCAUUUUUCCGCGCUCUCUACCUCUCGGGUGAAAUCGGCAUCUCACUGGCGAGAAGGGCGGCUGCGAUGAUGAACUCGGUCUGCUUACUCACCCGUAUUGCUGGCCUGUCUCUCGUCGAGCGCUGGGUGACAUCGAUCGAUCCAGCGAAGCCGACUUCCGCCAUGCCGAUGAGCAACUGCAUCAGUCAUGCCGUGAUCAGGCUGCGGGCAGACUCACACCCAGCUAUCGCGCACAUGGCUGUAAAGGUGUCUGCCCUCCUGCAGGAGAUCGGAGAUUUGAAAAUGCGGAUGGCUUUGCUGCAUGCCGCCGACGAACGGUCAGAGGAGCUGCUCUCAGGGGUCCAUGACCAGAUUUGCAGCAUCUCUAUGUCCAAGCCAGAUGACAGCUUUAUCGCCUCGCCUCUUGCGGCGCUGCUAGAAGGACUUUCGAAAAAAAGCAACGACGAUGCCAUUCAUCGGCAAAAUGCGCCAUCUGUGUCUCGUGAUGCUGGAUUGGGCCCCUGUGGUGUUCCCUCCCUCCUGUUGGAGGCCUUGGUGCCAUGUGUGGAGAGCCAUGCACAAACCCCACUCACACUGGAGGAGAUGUUCCCGUCACACCCUUUGGAUGAGUACGAGGAGAGUGCCAGUGACGACAGCGAAGAGGAAGACGAGCCAGCCAUUCGCCAAUUCGACAAUGAUGUCUGUCAGAGUGGCGUCAUUUUAGAGCAGGGCGGCGAGUUGUCAGGUGGUGUGUGUGUCGACGAGGAGGCGAUGAGUGAUGGCGAGGUCGACGAGGAGCCCUUCGAUGAAGAAGCGAUGAUCGACGAGGAAGAGUUGGGGAUCGAGGAAGUUGGGUGGGAUCCAGACUGGGACUGGACCGAGGACAUCAAUGGCGUCACCAUCAUCGACAAGGUCCGAUGUCGGUCAGCUAUGACAGGAGCACUGCAUAUGUCAAUUCAUUUCUGCAGACCGAUGGCACAUGGUACAUCACCUCCAAUCACAAGAUGCGGCCACUGCAUGGCAAGCAUCGGCACCACCUGGUGACGCCACAUGGCCGCCAUUCGCGCAUGCUGUCUCCUCGCCUUGUCCCGACCAUUUCUGCGACCCAAGCGGCUGCGUCCCUCCAGCGGAAGAGGUCACCAACGCGAGCCUCAAGCCCUGGCAACCCACAGCGCGGCGAGCUUUUUCGCGGCGCAAUAGCAAACAAGGUGCCCAGUUGAGAACAAGAGGGCGUUGCUCUUACCCUGUCUAUGCAUAUAUGCGCUUCUUUUGCUGUUGCUCUUUGCAUCUCUUCUCAUCAGCUGAGCGAGAUGAGACCCCACAGUGCUCCCAUGAAGGCAACAGUGAGAGGUCGAGACAAGGAUCGGCCAUCAGCUGGCGCGUCUCUUCAGGUGCAGCACCGCCGCCUCCACUCUUUUCCAACCGGCUACAUGACACUGAGACCCAGCAGUGGGGCAACAGGCAGGCGGCCUAGAGCCAUCGACACCGACGCAACGGGGGAGGCGCCUCAGAGGGGCAGUCACAGCACAGGGCCGUACUCGCCCGUGGGCCGAGACAAGGGGGUCAGACCCUUGUCUGGGAGACUUCAUGCUCGGAGGUCUAUCCAGCUUGAGCAUGUGCAGCAGCUGGAGGUCGACGCUAACAGCAUCGCUACAAUAAAGGACCCGCAGGCCUCGGAGACAUCGAGAGAGGCACCAUAUGAUGGCGAGACUCAUCAUGCCGAAGAGAAGAAAAUCAACGAGAAGAGAAAGGUGCACCGGUGUCUAUCGCAUUCAUGACAAUCGAUGAAUGUUGAGACAUGCAGAGAGACACGCCGUAACUGGAGAGAGCUCUGACUGGAGAAGAAAAGAG